AUGGUAAGCGUACAAAUUCUGUUAAGCUUAAUCAGCACAAGGCAGGUUGAAGCAUGAGAAAGUGGGGUGUGACCCUUGGAUGUAUACAGUAGGCUGUACUACACUUGGGGAUUAUAUUUCAUUCAAAGGACAGAGCUGUUUGAAAUGAGCAAGGAUUGGUACAGCUUGUUUCUGCCCUGUUGAGUACAUAAUAAAUAGCUGCCAGGUUCCAACAAAGCACCAGAGUAAGGGAUUCAAAUUAUUUACAGUACUUACUAACUUUUUCUUUCUGUUCCUGGAGAAGGAAAGUGGCUUUGAUGUCCCACCCUUGCAGGGUUUUAGGUGUCUAAAUUACAUCCUUCAGCAGAGUUAAAACACAAUUUUUGGCACCUUGUGCACCAUAAUUUAACUCUGUAUUUAAUAUUCAUGGGGCAUAAAUUCAAUUUGUCAUCACUUUGAAACUAAUCUGGAGUUCCAUGCACUUAGAUUACAUUUCUGGGCAUCUGACCAGUCCAGGUGUCAAAUACAAGGCUGAUCUGCUUUCUCAAAAUGGCAUCUAAAAUAAAGGAAAAAAUAAAAAGAGUUGCAUUCUUUCAUAUGUUUAUCAUGAAGUAAAAAAGAUGUGUAAAAUAUAUGUUUUGAUACUGUUCCAAGUGAGUUUACAAUUAGUUACAGUUGUCAGUUAUUAAAAUUUUUUUUUAAAGAACCACAAGUUUUCUGCAGUAGUGCUGAGAUUUCUCAGUGAGUCAGUACCAUUAGGCAGGGGAGGGAAGUUUCUUUUGAGUUUUUAUGGUUGUUUUAACUUAUUGUUUUAAAACAUUGUUGUAAACUUUCCUUGUGAUAAUGUUAUUGUUUUAUCUUUUUUGUAAGUAGCUUUCAGGUUUUUUUCUACAACCAAGUGGUGCAUAAAUUUUAUUAAUUUUUUUUGUUUAUUGUUGCAUUUAUUGUUUAUUUAAAAUUUCAAGGCAUUCCAGACCUGAGUGAUACCUGUGCAGGCAGCAGGUAGAGGGAGGUGCUUCUCAGUUCCUGUCUUUUGAGUCAGUUGAGAAAGGGGAACUGGAGGGUAGGCCAGCACUUUGAACAUCCCUUUGCCCCGAUCUUCACAUUUGUGUGGGCACCAACAGGCAGCAAGCUAAAGUCUUGUAUGCUCCUGUCAAAAAGGUGGUCGAUAGUGUAAGCAUAAAAGGAUGGUGACAAAUUUAAAAUUAGAGGCUUGUAAUAGCAAAGCAUUUCAUUGGUGCAUUGCAGUGAUUCCCCGCGACCCACCCCACCCCCCAAAAAACUCAGUCAGUGAAAAGAUUUAGUAUGUAUGGGUGUAUAACGGUUGAAAUAAACUGCAUGAUCUGGGUUUUUUUCAGGAUGAAGAGACUCAACACAGCCUUGAAUGCAUCCAAGCUAAUCAGAUCUUCCCCAGGAAGCAGCUGAUCCGUGAGGAUGAGAAUCUCCAGGUAGUCACCCGACUCUCCUUUGCCCUCACAGCAGUGACACAUGGGCAGAUCUGAUGAUGCUAUUUCUAGCCAAGAUCAGACACUUGAUUUAUCUUAACUCAUGGGACUAUUAAUUCAAACCCUGUUGCUGCACUUGUGAGCUUGAUUGCAAAAGUUAUUUAACUGUGCGUUUCUUAGUUGGAACUUUUCCUGCAAACCCAUCUAUGCUGUCUGCAGCAUGUCUCUGAAUGGCAUUUGCUGAUGAACAGUAGCCAGGGAGGGCUCCUGUGCUCGUGUCCUGCUUGUGGGCUUCCCACAGGGAUCUAGCUGACCAUUGUGAGAAGCAGUCUGCUAGAUUCAAUAGGCUUUUGGUCUGAUCUGUCAGGACUCUUAUGUCUUCACUAGGCUUAAUCACUUACUUUCAAGGGACCUUCUCUUCCUUCCCUUCACCUUGUUAGAAUUAAUUCCUCAGCUAUACAGUAUAUAUGAAAACCUUGGACUUCUUUGUGUCACACUUUCCUUUCCUCUGUGUCAAUUCUACAAUUGUUUAUAAUACAGAAAAACUUCCUGCUUUCUGAAGUAGUUCCACAGGUUUUAUUUCUGUCCAUUGUUUAUACAGUCGUACCUUGGUUUUCAAACAGAAUGCAUUCCGGAAGUCUGUUUGAAUUCCAAAACAUUCGGAAACCAAGGCACAGCUUCCGAUGGGCUGCAGGAGCAUCCUGCAGCCAAUUGGAAGCUGCGGAAGUUGCACCAGACGUUCGGCUUCUGAGGCAAAGUUCACAAACUGAACACCUACUUCUGGGUUUGCGACAUUUGAAUUCCAAGUUGUUAAUGAACUAAGCUGUUAGAAAACCAAGGUACGACUGUAUUUCUAUCCAAUUUGAUAUUGAACAGAGGUGAUGUUUCAGCUCUGUAACAGUCCCUUCUUCUACUGCCGAAGCUACGAUUAUUUGGGGCAAAUCUCCUUUUGGUGUUUUAGAUCGUCUUUGACUCCCUGUACAGUGUGGAAGGUGGAGAUGACUUCUGUACACUUUCACAAUGAGCAUCUUACUGAAACAACAUGAAAGUGGAAGGCAGCCACUGCCAAAGGGGUCUUUGGUUGUGGCUGCCUGCCAUAUUAUUAUUGUUUCAGCAAGAAUCAACUUACUGUGGGAACAUUCAGCUGCAACCGCUUCCAUCAAAAUAUGCCCCUCUUAAUGUUUUGUGACACAGCUUAAAGCCCUUGUUCUGUCAGGUGUUUACCCAAAGCUUUCUGUGGCUUUUAACAACUACAUGCACGUCCUUGUCAUAUUCCAUCAAGAUCCGUAUGCUUUGCAUUUGAGGUGUGAGUGAGUGAACUCCUUGAGAAUCCACCAUCAACUAGUUUACGUAAAACUUAUUUCCCUCCCCCUCCCCCUUUCAACAGGUCCCGUUCCCCGAACUUCAUGGGGAGAGCACUGAAUACGUAGGUCGAGCAGAAGAUGCCAUCAUUGCACUUUCCAACUAUAGACUUCACAUCAAAUUUAAGGAAUCAAUUGUGAAUGUAAGUCUUCACGUCUGCCCUGGCUGUUCACGGCUAGAGAUCUUGCUGGUUAUGUGGUUGGGAAAUGCACAGCCACCCAUUCCUUAUAUAUUGGGGCUCUUAUCAUGUAACUCAUAGAUGUAAGUUAGGAAACAACAAGGAUCCAGAAUGAAGAAUUAGGUCCAUCUCCCUGCUGCUGUUCUAGAUAACUAACCUGCAGUUCUUCUUUCCUCAUCCUGGUUCAGGGUGGGGAACCUUUGGCCCUCCAGAUGCUGCUGACUGCCUAGGAUAUUGGGAGUUGUAGCUCAACAACAUCUGGACGGUCAAAGGUUCUCCACACAUGUCCUAGCCCAGCUGCGUUAAUUCUUCUUGGUUGCCUUAUUAGUAUCCUUGAUUGAACACCUCUUUGGAUUUGCUUCUUGGCAGCUGUAGCUCAGCUGAACAGCAGUAGGUCUUUGGCCCUUGCAAACUUUCCAAUCCAUUUGGUAGCAGUGUAUUGAGAUUCCUGCUCUGGUUUUGGGGAACCGAGCUGUGAGCUUGCAUAAUAUGGCUGCUGCCAAGGAUCCUUUGAGACUGGUGGUGCCAUGCGAAUGUUUUCUCAGCCCCUGAGACCACAUGUCAACAGGUAGUAGAAUAGUAGUAUUCAGUUUUCCACUGAUGGGAGCAUAUAGGCCCACUUGUAGAGAGCAUGGCUCAUUGUCUGCGCCCAGCAUUCCUUGGGUUGUGGUCCAUGUGCUUCAGCUCAGAGACCUGGUAAAGUAAAAUGCACGAGGUUGUUUGGAAAUUGGAAGAGGCUGUCAUGGAGCAUAACAGUGCUCUUUGUAUAGUAGCUGUUACAUGCAAUGAAUCACGCUGUUGUUGAAAUUACUUUCUCCAUGUCACUCAGUGACCUGUUAGAAAAAUCUGGCUUUCUUAGGGGUGACAGGGAAAUCUAUAUAAUUUCUGACCCUGUUGAAGAGCACCUAGCUCAAAACUUGUUAGGCACUCAGUUCCCUAAUUAAGAACAAAAAACAAAAACCAGCAGUGACUUCUGGUGCUGCACACAAAGAGCCUCAUUCAAGUGAGAAUUUAUUGUUCUACUGCUUAAAAUAGAUUCCAUGGGACAGAGUUCCUUGGUGCCCCCUUGCUGUGUGCUAAAGUGGAUAGGCAGUCUGAAUUUGUUUUUGCAUUUUUAAAAUAAAUAAAUGAUUAGGACUAGAAGUUCUUGUGUGUAAUUUUUGUGUUGUGUUGUGUGUGUGUUAAAACGGUUUCUUGGUUGCAGCUGUGGUCCUCACCUGACAACCCAAGUAAUGUUCAUUCUGCUUCGUAGCUUAUCACCAGCUGCGAAUCAUGUGGAAUUAUGCGAGUCAUGUUGGUGAGAUGAAGUAGAAUUAAAACACAUAUUGCUCUUCUGUAAUGAAAUCUGGGUGUGUAUGCUAAUCCUAAUAGAUGAGUGGAAACAAAAUUGAUACGUUGCAUCGAGAAGCGACUGAUUCCUAGAGCAUAACAUGGUAGUUUAGAAGUAUCUGCUUCAGUGUCACCGAACAAGUAAUACUGCUGUGAUUCUCAGUAUUCUGAGAUGCUAUUAAUUUCCAUACUUUUACUGUGUUUAUCUGAUCCUAGGGAAAUGUUUAUUAAUUUAACUAUUCUAGUUAAAAUUUACACUGCAGUUUAAUACACUGGAAUGUUGAGUCCUGACAAAACGGCUGGCACUUAAUGUUGUACUGCUAGGUGAGAUUAUCCCCAUAUGACAUUCUGAAUUUUUGUUUCUGUGCCUCUUGGCCAGGCAAAAAUUAGUGCUCCUGAAGUCACUUGAUAUUGCACAUUGGCAGUAGUAACCUGGGCCCCCGGCAUUCAUGUUUGGUAUGCAAGUUAGCUGGCUCUAAUAGAAAGGGAAACUCAGCUGAGAAUAUCCAAAGCCUGCCUUUUGGUUUCAUUCUAAUUUUGUCCUUUGUUUACAAUUCAAUAGAGAGUCUGUAAACUUGCCGCUUGUGAGCUCUCAGUAAGUAAAACGGUGUUGCUGUGUAACAUUUUACUGCUGCACCUUUGCUUGGAAAGGAAUAAACUUGUGUGGCCAGUGCUCACCUUGCAACACAGGCAGGGGCUGUAAUGCAUGAUGCAUUUUGACUUGACUGGAUAAAUUCAUGGAUCGCAUAGCAAUAGGAACUUGAUGUCCCCUUUUGAAAAAGCAAACAAAAUGCUCAGUAAACGAAGCAAUAAGCUGAUGGAAUGGUGGCUUUCAAAAGUGUUGACUUAUUCAUCCAUGGGAUUGUUUGCAAAUUCAGCAGUGUUACACACUUUGUACAUCAAAACUGAAUGCCCAGGUUUAUUUCUUGGUUGGCUCCAUCUAAGGAAAGUGUUUAAAUCGUGGCAUUUGGUAAAGCUAUGGGAACAGCAGCAGCAAAAAAAAAAAAAAUAUAAUUUGGUUCAAAUGUCAUAGAUUUGAAUUGGGACUUCUUGUAAGUUUGUAGUAGGUGCAGUGCACUAAAAUUUUAAGGGUCAAACAAGGGAAGCUUAAUGACACAGUGAAACUUAUUUCCUGUUCGGUUCAGUUAAUAUUUAGGAUUUUUGCCCCUCUACUCGUGGGCAAUAAUUUAGUUUCACCAAAUGUAGCUCUCUUCAUCUGCAGUCCAUAACAAAUUCAGACACAUAGCAGGAAUAUUAACAUUUGUUGGAAAUCAUUUUUUUUAAUUAAAGGUAAUAAACAGGCUUAGAGAUUUCCCACUGUAAAAUGACACUGGUGGGUUUGGAUAGCUUUGCAUGCUCACUGAAAACAGGCAGAAUGGUUUGUUCAUCGUUUUACUGAUACUGCCUCAUUACUGCACUGCUGCCUGACCAAGCAUUUGUGUUUUGGAGGCUGAACUAACUGCACGGAUUUGUGGUGUUCUAAAGCAUGACUAUUGAACACAAGAAGAAUCUGGCUGCUGGAUCAGAUCAAAAGUCCACCUAGUCCAGCAUCCUGUUUUCUGCAGUGGCCAACCACAUGGCCACACAAACAAGACAUGAGCGCUGUAGCCCCUUUCCCCGCUAUUGUUUCCAGCAGUUGGUAUUCACUGCAUGCGGCCUCGUAGCCCUGGAGGUAGUUCCUAGCUGUCGGCAUUCUCCUUCCUGAACUUGCCUGGUAGAAGGGCAAAUGGAAUUCACAGGGCAAGGUGAGGCAGAAUGCUUGGCAAAAUGAGAUGAAGGAAAGUUAUAUUCCAAUAGUCCCCACUUUUCAGCUGGAACCAGCCCCAGUAGGAAGGCAAAGCAGGUGGGGGCUGGCUGAAGUAGAGUGAGAUUGGUGGUCCAGUGCCCUGUUUGGCUUAAUGGACCAGCCUCCUCUUAUCUAAAGGCAAUGCUUGUUGUGUGGUCUCACUGGCUGCCCCCAUUGCACAUGGGCCCUCUCCUGUUCGAUGGGUGUGCACCUUCUGCCCAAUCAGAAGUUCACGGCUGCCAAGAGACAGAAGUGAUAAACUUGCCUAACAGCUCAUAUAAUGGAAAUAAUUAUGGUGAGUUGGUCCAUAUAUUAUAGUGAUUGCUAGAGGAGUAUAGUUGAGACUAGACAAUAGUUUCUGUCGGGUUUCUGUCAGCAGAAGCCAUAUCAAGACAGAUUGACCCAUUUCUACAUACUAAGAUAGGUGUGGUGUUUUAUUUAUCAGUUGUAAGUUAAAGGCUGGUGUUUACUCUAAAAGGAAGCAGUACUGAAUUUGGGGAUACUGUUGAAGUGGAGGCACGGGAGAAUCCAGUAUCAGAAUUGUGAAGGCAGAUUUUCCCCUUAUCCCAACAUUUGCUCUAUAGAGAAUUCGCCCUCCCUCCCGCCCCAAGGAGUGAAUGAAGGUAAAACAGGAGUGGAAGAAGUUAAAACAGGAGUGUGGUUGUUUCUUAGGUUUGGAGAUGAGAAAGGUGCACUGCACAAGAAGUAUUUCAUGACCAAACUAUAUAAGCUGGAGAACUGUCUCUAAUGUGUGAGAGAAAUGUAGUUCUCUUUUCCUAUAGAAUUGUUGCUGCUUUAAACAUGGAACUUGAGUGAUUGCCUUAAAAUGUGCUUUAUAAGUACCAUAAACAUAAAGCACAUUUUAAGGAAGGAAAGUGUAUAUCUCUUACAUUUGUGUAACAUUUCUUGCAUCUGGUGAAGUGCAACCUAGUCCAUGAAAACUUAAAUGCUAUAAUAAAUGUGUUCACCUUUAAGAUGCCACAAAAUAGGAGUCUGUUUAUGCUGUGUCAUAAUUACACAUGUUCCUUUUCCAUGACUCAACUGUACCUGUUCAUAUGGGAAGAAAAGGAGGGACAAUAGUCUAAUAAAUCCUUAUAUUAAAUGCUGUGAAACUGUGUCAGCCUUUUUUAAGCAAGGUCAUUUAAUCUUUUUAAUCACAGGUUCCAUUGCAGCUUAUAGAGAGUGUUGAAUGCCGGGAUAUAUUUCAGCUUCACUUGACUUGUAAGGACUGCAAAGUUAUCAGGUAUGUGUGUAUAUAUACAUAUAAAUUAUCCUGAUGGUUGUACACGUUACACUAUUACAAGGAAGUAUGGCCUGCUAAAGAUUGGUAUCAGUGCCCUGUUUAAUAAUUAUUACUUGGUCUCAUGACUGGGCAACGUUUUCCCCCUUGUCUUGUAUUGUAUCAAUAGAACAUUGACAAUCCACUGCAGCAGUUUAACUUUUCAGUUGAAGGCAUGCAGUUGCAGGAGUAUAACAAAUUAUCCAUCUCCAUCAAUCGUGGGUGCCUCAGAUUAGCUGAAACCGCUUAUUUCAUUGUGUGUUCAUUUUCACUAAUUGUUGUUGUUGUUAUUUAUUACAUUUGUGUACCACACCUCGUCCGAAGAUCGCAGGGCGAUUCACAACAUAAAAACACAAAAUAAGAAAAUACGUAAUAAAAAACAAAAACCAAUAACCCCACCAUCAUGAACUUUAAAAAGGUCAUUGGAUGUUUAAUCAGGCAAAGGCUUAGUUAUAGAGAAAUGAUUUUGCCUGGCACUUAAUGAAGGCACCAGGCGAGCCUCCCUGGAGGGGAGCAGGCCACAGACGGGAAGCCACUGUAGAAAAGGCCUGUUCUCAUUUAUCAUUUGCAUGAUUUUGCUUCUUGCUGCCAGAGGUGGUGAUGGCCUUUCUUCAAAUUAAAAAAAAGUAUUUAGAUAGCUUUGGCUAUGGUCUGAAGGUUUAUGCAAAGAACCCUAGAUUAAAAAUGGAUGAUCUUGAGGUAAUUAUAUUAACUUUGCAUUUUUGCGUACUAGAGUUCACUUGUAAAAUAUAUGCAGUGCAGCUUUUGAAGCCAAAUGCCAGUGUGUUCUCUCUUCUUGUCUGCUUUGAAGCUAAACUUUCAUUGGAUUCUGUGGCUUGGAUCUCUCUGGGUGAGAAUUAAUAGAUUUUUAUCUGGCUUAAUAUUUUUUUUAAUUUUUUUUUACAGAUGUCAGUUCUCUACUUUUGAGCAGUGUCAAGAGUGGCUUAAACGGCUGAACAAUGCCAUCCGCCCUCCUUCAAAGAUAGAGGAUCUCUUUUCAUUUGCUUACCACGCCUGGUGUAUGGAGGUGUAUGCUAGUGAAAAAGAACAGCAUGGUGAUUUGUGUCGACCAGGUAUGAUGCAGACAUUCUUUGUGUAGUUGUAGAGAUAAAUGAGCUUGUUCCAGUUGAUUGAGGUGCUGGUGGAUUUUUGCCUCUGAAAAGUCUCAAGGUUAAGGGAGUGAAGGGUUUAAUGGAUAGGUUUUAAAGCUGCCACUAUUCAGUUGCCUUUUUUUUUUUUUUGGUUCAUUGUUUGUGGCUGCUUUCUCCAACAUACAGCUUUCCUGCUAUUUUUAAUAUUAUCUAUAGGCUUCUUCAUAGGCAGUUCAAGCCAACUGCAUAUUACAUAAGCAGCAUUAGGAUGCCAUGUCAAUCAGUCUUGACUAUGGGAUGCCACAAUGGGAUGCCACAAAGCCAAAUCAAAGCAAGGACAAUGACUUUGGCCUUCUUUCAUAAUGGGUGAAUAUUCUGGCCUCAUUUUGCAGACCCUCUGGACCAACAAGCUGAAAUGGAGAGAAGGCUUUUUGUGGUAAUAAAGUGCUUCCUCCUCUCUUUUGACAUAGUCCUAUAACGUAUGUGUGUGCAGAAACAAAAAUUUAUUAUUACACUUUAUGCCAUUACUAUAGAAGGUCAUCAGGUUGGGUUAUGGCUCCACCUUCUUAUAGUAAUGGAGAACUGCCUUUCAGGUGAGAGCCAACAGUUCUUUCUGCUAAUGCCAUCUUCAUAAUAGAAACAGCCAGUUACGAUGCAAAUGAUGUUUCACUUAUUCUUUCUCUUCCAAAUUCACAUUGAUAUAUGCAGUUCUCUGCAGAGCAGAAUUCUUGAAUUCAAACUCUUACUCAGUUGAGAGUUGACCAGAAUUAUACAGUGGUAUGAAGGUGCUGCUGAGAAGAGCUGUCAGUAUUGCAAUUUUCUGGCAUAGAUCAAGAGAGCUUUGCUCCUGCACAACGAUCAGUAAAAACUUUGGAUCUGAUCCACAGUCAGAGGGGUUUUACCAUAUUCAUGGAAGCUUACUUAACCCCUCCCACCCAGAAAGGGGACUUAGCUCUAACUGCAAGUCAUCCUUAGACCAUAGAAUUGAAGCACACUCUUGGCCCCAUCUGUUGGUCAGGGGAAAGUUAGUAUGUGUGUCAUCUCAUGACCCUGAGAUUAAGAGUCUCAUGCUCUUCCAACUGAGCUAGUGCAGGAUAUUUGCAGCUAUUAAAGAACCAGCUUUCCCCCCAGCGAAUGUUUACAAAUUGUCUUUUGCUUGUGGAGUAGCAUCAUGUGUUCCUCAAACAGACCAGCCUAAUUGUACAACGUGAUAAUAAAAUUUGUCUGAGCGCUUUUUUUACAAAGGGAAGAAGUGCAUUGAAACUAGAAUGGGGCAGGCAAAUACCAACCAGUCUUUAAGGGGCCUUAGCUUAACUGGUCUUCAGCUAAUAAUCAGGAAACAACUGAUUAUUAACCUAUCACUGUGUGCAGAGCCAAUUAAAAUAACAUGAUACCGCUAAAGAUGGUUACUAAAUUUAGAUUUUCAUGGUUGGCAUAAGCAAAGCAGAUUUCCUACUGUUAUAAUUUCUUGACGCGGGUGGCGCUGUGGGUUAAACCACAGAGCCUAGGACUUGCCGAUCAGAAGGUCGGCGGUUCGAAUCCCCACAACGGGGUGAGCUCCCAUUGCUCGGUCCCUGCUCCUGCCAACCUAGCAGUUCGAAAGCACAUCAAAGUACAAGUAGAUAAAUACCGUAUUUUUCGCUCCAUUGGACGCACCCGACCAUAGGGCGCAUCUAGUUUUUAGAGGAGGAAAACAAGGAAAAAAUAUUCUGAAUCAAAUGUUGUAUAAACUACUGUAUUUAAUAAACAACCGGUAUAUCAGAAUCACAUUACAGCCAUGUAAAGUGAACAGCAGUCAACAAUGGCAUUAAGCACCAUCAUCACUGUCAUUAACAAAUGAAGAGAGACUUUAAGGUUUGAGUACUCUUCUAGUCUUCUGUGAACCCCAAGAACUCAUCACUGCUAAAGUCAGAAUUUAUGAAGCUCAGUUGCUCACAGUCACUGACAUCACUUUCUUCGCUAUCUUCAUGUAAAAUACCAUCUUCGUAUCCAUCCAAAGCAUUGCUAAUGCCACAUUUUUUCCUCUCAAUCCUCUUCCUCCCCUCUCUCAGCGAACAGCCUGCCAGCUGCUCGCAAACAUUCCCUUUACUUGAAUUACAGUCAAGAAACAGCCAAGCAGAGCUUCUCAGCGGCAGGCUUGGGAGGCUUUCCUUUUCCCCACUUUUUUCUCUCCCCCCCCCAAGCAGAACAGUCCCCUUUUCCAGCCUCCUCCUCUCCAUCCCUUUCACCCAAACUCCUCAGGUGACGUCUACAAUUUCUCCCCUUCACUGCUCCCUCUCCUUUGCCCUCUACCAUGACUCUCCACUCACGGCAACCUAUGGUACCUCAUCUCCCUUCACCCAGCUUCUUGGUCCCCCUUCUCUCCAUCCUCUUCCUCCCCUCUCUCAGUGAACAGCCUGCCCGCUGCUCCAAACCUUGAGGGGAAGGGCAGGCUGCUGGCAGAGCAGCACCCCCCGCCCCCAUUCAGCAGCCCAGGAGUGCGGGGCAUGGGGGCACAGCCCUCCCCUUGCUCCAAAGCUUCCCAGGGCUGCAUGGGGAAGCCGAGGCUGCCGGCAGGGGAGCGCGGCUCCACCACCACUACCAAAGACCAGUCCAAGAGUGUGCCGCACUCCGGCAAUUUGGCUCCAGGGACCACACAUUCGCUCCAUAGGACGCACAGACAUUUCCCCUUACUUUUUAAGAGUAAAAAAGUGUGUCCAAUGGUGCGAAAAAUAUGGUAGGUACCGCUACAGCGGGAAGGUAAACGGCGUUUCCGUGCGCUGCUCUGGUUCGCCAGAAGCGGCUUAGUCAUGCUGACCACAUGACCCGGAAGCUGUAUGCCGGCUCCCUCGGCCAAUAAAGCCAGAUGAGUGCAGCAACCCCAGAGUCGGCCACAACUGGACCUAAUGGUUAGGGAUCCCUUUACCUUUACCUAAUUUCUUGACAAAAUCACUGGGGCCAUCUCAUAUUAAGUUCUUUUCAUUCUACUAUUGUCUUCUUUUGUUGUAGGAGAACAUGUAAGUUCGAGAUUUAAAAAUGAGGUUGAACGGAUGGGUUUUGAUAUGAACAAUGCCUGGAGGAUCUCCAACAUCAACGAGAAGUACAAGUAAGUUCUGUGGAUGUUUGCAGACAGCUGGCAGCAGUCUAACUUUUAUUGAAGUAGGCAUUUUGGAGCAGAGCAUAUCAUAGCCCUUGCUGUGGUUGGAUGCACUUGUAGAUCCUGGUACUGCUGAUGGUUUGGAACUGAGCGGGUGGGGUUUCUUAGUAGCCUUAAAGCUCUGAAAAGCAAAGUGAUAGAGCACCCCAUGUAGCUGCCAUUUUGUAGUUCUGUUUCUCAACAUCCAUGAAACAGGCCUGCAGUGGUGUAUGCAGACACUGCUAUCUGUCAUCUAGCCUCAGAGGUCUGCUAAAACGAAUAGUGCAAGCUACCUAAACACUUUGGGUCUCCUGUCCAGUUGCUUCCUGGCCUUAAAAGACCCAGGAGCAUCCGAGAAUAAACAAGCAGCAAGGUUGGGUCAUGUAAUAUAAGGCUGUGUCUGGCAACUUGGAAACCAUAGUUGCUCUCCCUAGGCGAGUGCUAAAUUAUAAGAUUGCUCUGUUCUUGAGAAAGUAGUGCUCACAAAGGACUGUGGAAUAAGGGAAGACAAGGAAAGAAUACUUUGCACCUUGAGCUUCUAUGUUGGAAGGGUGCUAACAGCUUGUCACGGAAGGAAACCAAUGCUGUGACUAUACAUGCAUGGCUUUAAAAAAAUGUCCUCCUUUUUCCACACAGGCUCUGUAGCAGCUACCCUCAAGAACUCAUAGUUCCUGUUUGGAUCACAGACAAAGAGCUGGAAAGUGUGGCAGGAUUCCGAUCUUGGAAACGCAUCCCUGCUGUGGUUUAUAGGUGAGGCCUGCACUGAAGCACCUACUAAAUUGAAUGUAAAGUGGUGUGUGCUUUUUAUCACCUUGCCAGAUGCUUAAUCAGCAGCUUGGCAACUAUGCUGAACUACAAAACUGGCACCAUUGAUCUUUCACUUGUUGGUUUCUGCUUUCCUUCACUGUGCAGCUCUGCUUGUCACGAGACAGGUGUUUACAUUCCACAGUCUGUACUGUUGGAGUUUCUCACGGGAAAGGGAGACUGGAUGUGACGUACACUGGUUUCCUGUUUUUCACUGUGUGAUUCUCUCCGAGCUGUCGAGGAGAGAGGAUGCAUUUUCUGCUCCGGCAGAGGCAAGAUGUCUUUCUGUAAUAUACCAGCUUUGAACUGUAAAUAAAAGCAAUAUAGAGUAUGCAGCACAUUUUCCUCAUCCUUCCGCUGGGCACGAGGCUCUGCUUAAAUCAACACGUGGUUAUGGGCUCCAGAAGUCGAAUCGGAGUGCCGGCAAAGGAUCGGAAUGCAGAGGGACAGAUCGGAACGGAAUCUGCUCUGCGCGUAGAAGUGAUUGAUGAGGUAUGUGCUACUGCUCCGGGCAGCCUGCCAGCUUCAAGUUAAUGGCUUUAUGGCUGGACUUUGAACUUUUAAAGCCGGUUUUGCCGGGAAUAGGCAAAAGGCUCCCAGGCACAAGUCACUAUGCUGGGGAAAUCGAAGUAACUUUUAAGUGUGCCUUUGUAAUAAGGCAGCUGCAGCAGUGACGCAGCAAGAUUUAAAGCAGCAUAUAUAUGACGCUGAAGGCUAAUGCCAGAGUCAUGAUGGCCCUUCAGGAUGCUUGUGGGAUUCCUAAGCUCAACAAGAAAAAUUACAGCGACUGGGUUCUGUAUGCAGAGGCAAUUCUGCGGAAAGAGGGUUUGUUUGAGGUGAUUACAGAAACCCCCCCAGUUCCAGUUACAGAUGCAUGGGAAGCUAAGGAUUCCAAAGCAAGGGGAACUCUUACAUUGAUAGUAUCCCCAGAAGAGCUCUGUCUAUUGCGUGAUAAGACCUCAGCCAGCUUUGUUACUGCCGUGAUUUUAAAUGAAGCAGAUCGCCGGGGUGCUAGCUGCAUGGGCAAGGGGGAGUCUUCACAGACGUCAUCCCAUAGUGCAGUGGAACCACCAGAUGGCGCCAAAGCUUUGAAGGCAGUGAGAUGCUACUCGUGUGGACGUCUAGGCCAUAUGAAGAGGGAAUGCAGACAUCCCAGGGCCAAGACAGAGCAGCGCAGCGAAAGCUCAUCGCGCGGAAAAGGCCGAGGCAAAGGCAAAGGUCCGGUGUCUAGGACAACGCAGCACAAGGCUAUGGUUUCACGCUUCACUCCAAAGGUUGCAGAGGUCCAGAAGACGUCUAGAUCUUUCUUCGUUGUUGAUUCAGCGGCCACCCACCACAUGUGCAACGAUAAGAGACUGUUUGUGUCUUUUACACCGCAGGAAGGUGCGAUUCACCAGGCGGAUGACCACACUAUUCCCAGUAAAGGCUAUGGAACUGUUGUUCUUCACAGUUUGGACUUAUCGAUACAGAAUGUGCUUUACGUGCCAGACGCCAAACAUAAUCUGCUCAGCGUUGGACAGCUGAAUGAGCGGAACAUUGACGUUUCCUUCAAGAACAAGAAGUGCAUCAUCACAAAGAAAAAUGAUUAUGUAUUGCAUGCAGAAUAUGUUGAUCGUUUGUUUGUUUUGUAUUAUGAUGAUGUGGUGCAGGAUGACACUUGUUGCAUUGCAGGUUCUAACAAAAGUUUGCAUGCAGAAUGUAUUCACGAUUUUCAUAGAAAAUUUGGUCAUUUGCAUUUUGAGGCAGUAUCUAAAAUGCCUGCCUUGGUUGAAGGUAUGACUAUUAAACCCUGCAGGUACCACAUGAAGUGCAAAGCAUGCGCAGCAAACAAGGUGAAAAUGGCUGCGAAAGGUAAGGUGUCUAGUAGGAAAGCUACAGAACCAUACCAGGUUGUUCAUGCUGAUUUGGUUGGACCACUAGCGCCCUCUUUGGGUGGAAAUAGAUACUUCAUGGUUCUCAUUGAUGCAUUUUCUAGAUAUAUUUUUGUGUACAAUCUCAAGCAGAAAUCGGAGGCUUUUCCUAGGUUCAAGGAAUUCUGUGCUUGGUUGGAAAAUGUGCAUGGUAAGAAGAUAAAGACUCUUUUCAGUGAUCGCGGGGAAUUCACUUCUCAGCAGUUUGAAGCUUUUCUGACUGAGAAAGGAAUUCAACACGAUUUGUCUAGUCCUCGCUCGCCAUGGCAGAAUGGACUUGCGGAACGGGCAAAUCAGACAUUGCUUCAAGGGUUAAAGACCUUGCUGCAUGAUGCCAAUCUUCCAGAGAGUUAUUGGGCCGAAUCUCUCUCGUGUUUUGUUUACAGUUACAAUCGCAGGUUAUCUUCAGCGAUUGGUUGUACCCCCUAUGAGAAGAUGUUUGGCAAGAAGCCAUACAUCAAACACAUGAAGAUUUUUGGUUCCGACAUGUGGGUUCGCUCACCACAAAACUCCAAGUUAGACAAACGUGGAUUGCAUGGUAUCUUUCUAGGUUAUCAGAAAGGGUCUUACAGAAUAAUGAUGACUGACUCUAAGACAAUUAAGCUCACGAGAAGUGUCGAGUACAAUGCAAAGUGGGGGGGAGAAUGUGGGAAUUUUCCAAUGUUAUCCUGAUGACGGUGAAGAGACUGAGGAUAGUCAAAAGCAACCACAACAGCCCACACCCACUGAUGAAGGUUCUGAGUCUGAAUCUGAAACUGAAUCGGGUGAUUCAGAGGAUUUCAAGAGUGCGAAAGCCUCUAUGCGACCCUCUGAAAGCUCUGAUCAAGAAUUGGAAGAACCAUUGUUCACAAUAGGUCGUUUUUCUCCUAAGAAGGAAGAGGAGAGUGUUGAAGACUUAAGGCUAAUUCGUAGGUCACAGAGAGCCACAAAAGGCAAACCUCCAAAGAGAUUUGCUGAUGAGUUUGCUAAGAUAGCAGUAACAGCUGUUAAAAGCUCCAAGAAGGUAUUUGAACCUUCAAGUUUCCAAGAAAUCCAGGGUUUGGAUUCAAAGGAAGCUGAGCCAUGGUUAAAUGCCAUGAAGGCUGAGCUUGAUUCCUUAGAAAGGAACAAAACAUGGGAGCUAGUUCCAGUAGUUCCAGGAAUGAAACUGCUUGGAAGCAAAUGGGUCUUCAAAGCGAAGACAGAUCAAAAUGGCAAGAUAGUCAGACACAAAGCCAGAUUGGUAGCCAGAGGUUUUGCACAGGUACCAGGUGAAGACUAUCACGAGACCUAUUCACCCACAGUGAGAUAUGAAAGCAUUAGGCUUAUGCUUAAGCUAGCUGCAGAGGAAAAUCUACACAUUAGUCACCAUGAUAUUAAUACAGCUUUUCUGUACGGAUCUCUAGAUGAAUCACUUUAUAUGCUUCCACCUGAUGGCGUACAGGUAAAACAGGGAUUUGUUUGUGCUCUGAAGAAAUCCCUUUAUGGUCUCAAACAAAGUGCACGGUGUUGGCACACAAAACUCACUGAAGUAUUGUUUUCUCUAGGUUUUCAGCAAGGGAAAGCUGAUCCAUGUGUAUUUGUCAAAGAGGAGGGGCAAAAGAAACUGUACUGUUUGUUUUAUGUUGAUGAUUUAUUAUUCUUUUGGAAAGAUGUUGCAAUGUACAAUAGCGCCCUAGCUCAACUGAAAGAGCACUUUGACAUGAAAGAUCUUGGUGAGGUAAACAACUACCUAUCUCUGGAAAUAGAGAGAGAUCAAGAUGGUAACAUUCUAGUACACCAGUCACGGAAAAUUGCUGAUGUGUUAAGCAAACUAAAUCUGAUGGAUGCUAACCCUGUAAACACACCGAUGACAACAGGUUAUCAGGUAGAUGACACUGAAGAAGCAUUUUCUGACACUACACUGUACAGGAGUGUGCUAGGCAAGCUAAACUUCAUUGCCAGAUGUUCAAGACCAGACAUUGCUGUUAGCUGUAAUUUGCUUAGCAGACAAGUCAACAAUCCUAGUGUCAAGGAUUGAAAGCUCUGAAACGCAUAGCGCGGUAUUUGAAAGGCACUAUGCAUUACAGACUGAGAUUUAACAAUCAGAAGUCUGGUGGUCUUGAGAUAUUUGCAGAUGCAAGUUUUGGAAGUGACGCUACAGACAGGAAAGGUACGUCUGGAGUUUGCUACAUGUACAAUCAAAGUCUGUUUGAUUGGUCAUGCAAGAAGCAAACAACAGUUAGCUUAAGUACUUGUGAAGCCGAACUGAAUGCACUGUCUUAUUCACUUAAGGAUUGUGAAUGGUUAGUACAAUUGUGCAAAGAUAUAAAAAUUCCUGUCAAAUGUCCAAUCCAGGUUUACCAGGACAACAAAGCAUGUUUGGCUUUGCUGAAGUCUGAAGGUUGUAAGCAAAGCACAAAGCACUUGCAAUUAAAGUUGCAGCAUGCUAGGGAAUGUAUUCAGAAGGGACUCGUAACGGUGUCCUAUAUGCCAGGUAAUGAAAUUCCUGCUGAUGUAUUGUCCAAGAUUGUAUCAAGGGAUCAACACUGUACCUAUGUGCAGAAGUUGGGUUUGUACUGAUAUUGUGCAAACACGCUGCCCAGUGAUGUUCACAGAAAGGGGAGGAUGUUGGUUUCUGCUUUCCUUCACUGUGCAGCUCUGCUUGUCACGAGACAGGUGUUUACAUUCCACAGUCUGUACUGUUGGAGUUUCUCACGGGAAAGGGAGACUGGAUGUGACGUACACUGGUUUCCUGUUUUUCACUGUGUGAUUCUCUCCGAGCUGUCGAGGAGAGAGGAUGCAUUUUCUGCUCCGGCAGAGGCAAGAUGUCUUUCUGUAAUAUACCAGCUUUGAACUGUAAAUAAAAGCAAUAUAGAGUAUGCAGCACAUUUUCCUCAUCCUUCCGCUGGGCACGAGGCUCUGCUUAAAUCAACAUCACUUGCCUUUCUUUGGGCUGUGGAGCAUUGACCCCAGAUGCUCAGCUGUAAGCUAAGCUGGCUGGGACUUGUUCCUUGAGUCACUCCAGCUGGCCCUGCUGCAAAGCCCACAAGCCCUUCAAGAUGUGUAGGGAUGAUUGGAUAAAUGGUGGUUGUCUCUGUAGUCCAACAGUUGUGAAAUGGUCUCCCCAGGGAAGCCCAUCUGUUUCUCUGAUUAUGACCUUUUUGACAUCAGGUGCAAAAUACUCUACCUUUUAAUUUUACUCUUAUGUUUUGGUGUAUUUAAACCUGGGCACGUUGCUUUCCUUUUAAUGAUUUUGAGGCCGGUUUUUAUAAUAAUUAUCUUGCUGGUCUGUUUUCAGUUGUGUUUUUUUGGUCCUGAUUUUGCACUGAAUUCCGAGUUUUUAUGUCAUUUGUUUUGAGAAAUGCUUUAUUGACUGGAUUUUAUUUGAUUUAUUUGUAAACUGCCUAGGGGACUUUGUUUGACGAGCAGUCUAGAAAUGUAAUAAUAAUAGUUGGCUACAUGGGUUGUUUUGGAACACGGCACAGGUUAUGUAAAACUAUAGAUGGGCAUCACGGACUGCCUGUUUCUGAACAAAAGGCACAUCUAAAGUACUGAAGCUGCUGAUCAUCAUUAACUUUGGCGGUUUGUCACUGAUCUCUCUUUAGGAUUAAACAGGCAGCCUCCCAGUUCUAGACAUCUCUGCAUUAUAGACAUUUUAUAUGCGUCAACAAAAAACUGGUUGAAAUUCUGACCCUGGUAUAAGUGGUGAUAGAUCUAUUGGUUCAGUUACUUUGAAACUUGUUUCUUGAGCAUUCUGACACAAAUCUCUUUAAAUCCUAACUUCAUUUUUUUUACUGUGUUUUGAUUACAAAUGUUGAUUCAAAUGAAAUUCAGUAUGAAAUACUGUUUUCAGAGGGCAUACAUUAGAAUGCCCUAUGAAACAGUAUUUCAUAGAAAGCAUUUCUGCUUUAGAAAGUCAAAACUACUUUUGGAAUUCUACAGUAAGGUGGCAAUUCCUAUGUCACUGUGCAUUUGCUCUAGCAUUACCUGCACUUAGGGCCCUAUUGUGAUGGCUACUGUUAGCUGUUUCAUUUCUGUUUCCUACAGGCAUCAGGGCAAUGGGGCGGUCAUUUCCCGUUGUGGGCAGCCAGAGGUCAGCUGGUGGGGCUGGAGAAAUGCUGACGACGAACAUCUUGUCCAGUCAGUGGCCAAAGCUUGUGCCUCAGAUUCCAAGUCUAAUAGCAGUAAACUAGUGAAUGGAAACUGUUCAAGAGAUUUCUCCAAUGGAGGAGACCUCUCUGAUGUAGAAUUUGGUAAGUUUGAUUAUCUCUUUGUUUCUCAAAUAUUGCAUUUCGGAGUCUCCAUAGAGUUCAAAUGGCAGUUUCCCCCCUGAUAGGGAUUUCAGCCUUUUGCCUGCAACUCUUGUGUGUAGGACACCUGGAUGCCUGCUCUGCAUUGGAGGGGGUGGGGGUGGGGGGGAAGGAUAGCCAGGGUGCCACUCAUGUCAUUGAUGGGUCAUAACUUAGGGGUAGAGCAUCUGAUUUUCAGAAUAAUAAUAAUAAUAAUUUAUUAUUUAUACCCUGCCCAUCUGGCUGGGUUUCCCUAGCCACUCUGGGCGGCUUCCAACAGAGUAUUAAAAUACAAUAGUCUAUUAAACAUUAAAAGCUUCCCUAAACAGGGCUGCCUUCAGAUGUCUUCUAAAAGUCUGGUAGUUGUUUUUCUCUUUGACAUCUGGUGGGAGGGUGUUCCACAUGGCAGGUGCCACUACCAAGAAGGCCCUCUGCCUGGUUCCCUGUAACUAGGCUUCUCGCAGCCAGGGAACUGCCACAAGACCCUCGGCACUGGACCUCAGUGUCUGGGCAGAAUGAUGGGGGUGGAGACGCUCCUUCAGGUAUACUGGACCGAAGCCGUUUAGGGCUUUAAAGGUCAGCACCAACACUUUGAAUUGUGCUCGGAAACGUACUGGGGGCCAAUGUAGGUCUUUCAAGACCAGUGUUAUGUGGUCUCGGCAGCUGCUCCCAGUCACCAGUCUAGCUGCCGCAUUCUGGAUUAGUUGUAGUUUCCGGGUCACCUUCCAAGGUAGCCCCACAUAGAGCUCAUUGCAGUAGUCCAAGUGAGAGAUAACUAGAGCAUGCACCACUCUGGCGAGACAGGUCCCAGGUUGUAUCUCCAGCAUCUUCAGGUAGGGUUGGGAAAGUUCUCUGCCUGAAACCCUGAAGAGCUGCUGUUAGUGCAGAUAAUACUGAGCUACAUAGAUUCAGCAAAAAGUGGCCUCCUGUGUACAUAAUGACAGGGUGGAAUGAUAACUGCAGGAGACAAUUUGAAGGAGGAGCAAAAUGGCAGUUGGUUCUAGGCAGCCCGGUGGGGUAGGCCUUGUGGCCUCACUUCUCCCUCUUCUGUAACCAGGUUGAAUCAGCUACUGCUGGUGCCAGAAUUAGACAUGAGGAGUAUGUUCCACUGUCAAAAGCAGCUCCUCUGCUUCUCUCUCUCUUUCUUGAUCUCUUCUAUAUGUAAGAUGCCAUGUAAUCCAUGUGUCAAGUGUGCACUUUUUCGAUAACUGCUGCUGAAUAAGCUGUUCUCUCCUUUUCUUCUUCAGAUUCCUCCAUCUCCAACGCUUCAGGAGCAGAAAGUCUAGCCAUUCAGCCUCAGAAACUUUUGAUCUUGGAUGCACGCUCAUAUGCAGCUGCAGUGGCAAACAGGGCCAAAGGGGGAGGCUGUGAAUGCCCAGGUGAGUAGCUGUGCUGUGCUCUGAGCAUUGUGCAAAGGUGUUUACACAUGCAGAGAAGGAGUGGGAGUGGAGACCUUGUCUAAACCAGAUCAAAUUUUGGUUACCAGAGUAGCUACCAUUAAUUCAAGGAGGUUGGAAAUGGGUGUGUGUGUGCUAAAAAUGUUCAAAUCCAAAGGGGUUGUUCCUUAAGAAGAGAAAGAUGCCACCUUUUGUCCUGCAAUUUAGAUCCAGUCUCUAAAGCUAAACUACAGUAUUUGAUCAUGGAGUCCUUACCAGAUUUUAAUCAAAAGUAUGGUUUUUGGGUUUUGUUUUUUUAAAAAACCCACCUUGUUUUGUUUUAAGGAAGUGAAGGAAUUGCACUGCAUGGCCAAAUUCACUAAACCGUGGUGUUUAGUGUUGCAUCUGAAUUUCGCCACAGAAUGCAGAAGUUGCAGGUAGCUUUGGGCUCAUGUGUCUACCCCUUUCCCUGUUUGUAAUUUGUAACAAAGAGCAGUUUUUAGUUUCACCCAAAUUGGUGAAACUCCAGGUUGUUGCAGAUUGCAAACAAGAAGUUUUUAAAUUCCUUCUCCUGAUGUGUUAAAGGAGGAAGGAAGGGAAAAAUUGAGAGAGACAUUGAUUAAAUUUCUGGAGAGCCACUGCCGGUGUGGUGCAGACAGUAAUGAGAUCUCUCGAUCCAGGGGUCUGAUAACAAGGCCAAACACUUAUGUUCCAAGUGACACCCUGAUUCUCUGUAUGAUUCAAAAUCUGCAAUAGAUGUCAGCUUAAAAGUUUAUAAUAUUACGGCAUGCGCUUGACAUCAUUUAUAAGUUGCCUGAUCCACCCAAACCAAUACAUGGUGAAAAACUGCAUGGUGCACCAGCCAGGUGCACCUUAUUUAUGAAGACCUAAUGAUUGUAAUUUGUUUAAAAAUUGCAAGAUGCUACAGAAGUCCAGCAUGAACCCAUACUUCCACCCUCCAGGCUGCAUUCUAAUCGUACCAAAAAACUUUUAAAGUUCUGUGCAACUACGUCACCCAUCCCAAACAAGUACAGUGGUACCUCGGGUUACAGACGCUUCAGGUUACAGACGCUUCAGGUUACAGACUCCGCUAACCCAGAAAUAAUACCUUGGGUUAAGAACUUUGCUUCAGGAUGAGAACAGAAAUGGUGGCAGCGCGGCGGCAGCAGCAGCGGGAGGCCACAUUAGCUAUAAUGGUACCUCAGGUUAAGAACGGUUUCAGGUUAAGAAUGUACCUCCAGAACAAAUUAAGUUCUUAACCCGAGGUACCACUGUAUUGGGAUCCGUAUACUUGAAAUUCCUACAUACAAAGUAGCCCAUGGAAACAAUUGAACUUGUAUGUCUACAGUUACAGGUGUUGCUUCCUGGCAGUGGUUCAGGAGUAUAGUGGCUGAAGAAUGUGCCACUGUUGUCAUGCUAAAUUGCCACCAGAGAGGGCAGAGGGUGAGAGAUAAUAUCCAGACAGGUCCUGAGCAUGCUGACACUACACAACUCUUAUUUUUCAUCAACUCCACUGCCAUGUCCGUGUUGCUAACUAAGGGGGCUGUCUGACUUCUGUUCACUGGUGAUAACAAUCAGUUUCAAACCACUUCUAUAGAUAAAGACCAUUGUUCCCAGCAAGCAGUCCAGUAGAUCAGUAAGUUCAUGUGUUUUCUUUAGACUGUGUUAGAAUAACUCCCUCUAUUCUGUCAUAACAGUCGUCCUUUGUCAUGAUGUUUGGUGUGCCUGAGAGAACCUCAAAGGCUAGAGGAGGCUGAUGGGAUAAUAGCGCUUAGCACAGGCCCCAGCUGCUGCUGGCUCAUUUUUACAGUAAAGCUCCUUCAUUCAUUUUGCUUCUGCCUUGUUUGAAGUGCCUUAUCUUCUGCUUUUAACAGAGUAUUAUCCAAACUGUGAAGUAGUGUUUAUGGGAAUGGCAAACAUCCAUUCUAUUCGGAAGAGCUUUCAGUCGCUGCGUUUGCUCUGCACACAAAUGCCGGACCCAGGAAAGUGAGUGACAUGUGCGCCUUCUCUCUGCCCCCCCCCCCCCACUGUUGUCCCCUUGCACAUCUCCCCUUCCCAGCACGCACACUGUACUAAUAGGUUUAUUGGUAUUGCUUUUUAAACAAUCUAAUCCUCAGUCUUCUUUUUGUCAUUGUAAAUAAAGGCAGUCAUUUGCAUGCCUUCCACCAACCUUGUGCCCUCCAGAUAUUUUUGGAUUGCAGCCCCCAUUAUUCCCAGCCAUAAUGGCCAUUUAGAAGGCACCAGGUUAGUGAAUGCUGGAUUAGUUAUUAGAUAAGAGAAAAUUAACAUUUGUAAUUAUUUGUAUAUGUUUGUGUGUGUGUGUAUAUAUAUACACACACACGCACGCACGCAUAUAUUUAAUAUUGGCUUUUUUAAUUUAAAAAACCUAGUUUUUUUUAAUCCACCUACCUCCAGACCUAUUGACCUUGGCUGUUUUCCCACACAAAAUAGGAGAGUUCCCCGAAAUACUGCCAACACACACUCCUGCAUUGUUGGCAUGUGUGCAAGCUUACCUUUAGGGGGAACCUACCUGUUACUACUGUUCUCUUUGGGAACCUUGGAUAUGCUUCUGAGACACCCCAAGUUUUCUGGAAAUAGAGGCUUGGAUACCCACUAACUUAAGCGAUUUGUACUUUUUGAUGCAGAAGAAAAAAAGUAUACCCUCCACUUGUUACUGAAAUUUGCUCAACCUACAAACUUCACUUUAACAGAACAGAGAAGUCAAAACUAUUCUCCCUUGUUGAUCUGCAGCUGGCUGUCAGCUCUGGAAAGCACCAAAUGGCUGCAACAUUUGUCUGUCCUUCUGAAAUCGGCACUUCUGGUAGUUCAUGCAGUGGACAGAGAUCAGCGGCCCGUCUUGGUGCACUGCUCAGAUGGCUGGGACAGAACCCCGCAGAUAGUGGCUCUGGCUAAGCUGCUGCUGGAUCCAUAUUACAGGACCAUCGAGGUUCGUGGCAUGGGAAAUAGCACGGUUGGGGGACCUCUAAAUCGUGUUUAGAAAGGUUUAUGGUGGUGGCUCUUCUAAAGAAGAGCAUCUGUGGCCCUCCAGAUGUUGCUCAGCUGCUAUCCCCAUUGUUCCUGGCCAGUGGCUGUGCUUGCUAGGGCUAAUGUGAAUUGUAAUUGAGCAACAUCUGGAGAGCCAGUGGUCCCCCAUGCCUGAUCCAUGUGCUUUCCUCCAAACUGCUGAACAAUAGACUUGGCAUGAAAUAAAAUGGAUUUAAUGCUGGGAGGGUUUUUUGGGGGCGGGGUGCGUAAGAGAAAUGUGAGUUUGUGUCCGAGAAUGAAAUAGGUAGUCUGAAGUAAGGAUCAUUUUGAAGUGUUAUUAAGGAUGGCAGAGAUAGAAACAUGGAUCUGGCCCUUGGGGUGCCACUUGUGUGUAAGCUCUUUUCCGCAAGCCUCAUUGAUGCAAAUGAGAGCAGCUUUUCUUCAUUUCAGUGGGACUUGCCCAUGAGACUUUCAUAGUGAAUUUGACCCCUUGCUGGUUAAUUGCUAGGAGGGAAAGCAUUUUGGGUUUUCCACCUCAUGCCAGCAUAUCUUAGUUUGGCUUUGUGGACUUGAGCCUUGUGCGAAUUUAAUUCAGUGAUGCUUCCCUCAGGGUUUCCAGGUGCUUGUGGAGAUGGAGUGGCUGGAUUUUGGCCAUAAGUUUGCCGAUCGCUGUGGUCAUGGUGAGAAUUCGGAUGACCUGAAUGAACGAUGCCCAGUGUUCCUGCAGUGGCUCGACUGUGUCCAUCAGCUCCAGAGGCAGUUCCCCUGCUCUUUCGAGUUUAAUGAAGCAUUCCUUGUGAGUUGAAUACUUUUACACACUGCUUCUAAUAUUUUGAACCUUUUCGUAGUUCAGUAUUCAGAUAUGAAAAGGAAGCUACCAAGCCAAAAAAAGUAAAAAUCUCUCGUUGGAGUCUGCAGAAAUGCUCACUCAGAGGAUAGUUAGGUAUGUUCCAUAGCAUUAUUUAAACUCUGAAUUAGAAAAUCAAAUUUGGAGUUCACAUUAAACUCACAUAUUUCAGACCUGCGUAUCUGUGUUUUGGUUGUGUGUGUGAAAGAGAAAUCAAGAGAUCCUACUUUUCAGGCUUGUGUGCCAACAGUAAUAUAGCUGCAUCCUUUCUAUAUAGGUCAAGUUGGUGCAGCACACAUACUCCUGCCUCUUUGGUACAUUCCUGUGCAACAAUGCGAAGGAGAGAGGUGAAAAGCACACCCAAGAGAGGACCUGUUCAGUUUGGUCUCUGCUGCGAGCAGGAAACAAAGCCUUCAAAAAUCUGCUUUACUCCUCCCAAUCAGAAUCUGUAUGUACUUUUUAUUGUUUGCGCUCCUAUAAAAAUGUAACCAGUCUGGUGCACAUAGUUCUUUUUCCCUUUCCCAUUCCCACAACAUUCCUGUCAGGUAAAUCAAGAUGAGGCGAAGUAUGAUGCAGCUAUAUAUAUGAUUGCAACUUAGUGGAGGCAGGCAAAUUCUACUUCAAGGCGAGGCACUUCAGCCUACCUUAUUGAAGCAAGAGUUUGUAUCUAAAAGAGGGUAAGGAACCUGGUCUUCCAAGACAAUGCAAAACACUGCAUUAGGUGACCCAACUUGGGCAAUAUGUUCUUGCACUGAACAAAGUUUCAUGAAGCCAAAAAGACUCUCAGAGCUACAGCACUCUGAGAAUAGUCAAAAGAUGUAGGACACAGUCCAGCAGGAUGUUCCUUUCUGCAAACACCCUUGAGAUGAGUAGGAGCUGGCCAAGAGCACAGUAGUGCUCUGAGACAGUUGGUCUGUAGGUCCAUGUUGCAGUUUGAGUGUCUGUCCCCAUAUUCUGUCUUCAUGGGAAACACCUGGGAAGUGUGACUUGAAAGCAGCAAUUAGCCAACAUAUGGACAUACUGUACUACUAUUCAGCUAUUUUAGAUUCAGAGCAAAAGGACUGUUAGGCAUAUAAUGUACCAUAAUUUCCCUAUAGACCCCAAAUGUGCUUCUUGAAACCCACUCUUUUGACUACAAACAUUCAGUGAUCUUCAGUUAACCAAUUUUGCAGCUGUUAAUAAUGUCAAAAAACUCUUAAGGCUUUAUGUGCACACUCCCACACAUCCUUGUAACGCUGGUAAAGGUCUGGCAUUAUAUGCAGCCACAGCAAAUGUCACCCAACUGUACGGAACGGGGUAGGUUUUGUGUUAUUGGGGGUACAUUGCUUGAGAGAGAAUGUGUGCUGAAGGGCACGUUAUUAUUACAGUAUUUUAAAAGUAUGGCUGAAAAUAAGAUAGUUAAAUCACCUGGGAAAAUGCAUGUAAAUCACUCUGAGCUCUUCUGAGACACAGAACGGCAUAAGUGCAGUAUAUAUAAUAAUACAAUUUGUGGAUGCACUACACUGCUCAUCUGGUUGUUUUAAAAUAAGUUGCCAUUUUAAUAUAACAUUCUUGGUUUUGGGCUUUUGCUUGCUUUCCCAGUCAUUGCGAUGAUUCACCCUCUUUUGAAAUAGUUUGUCCACUUUCUAAAUUAGUGGCACUGUGGUGGUUGAGAGUAUGAGCAAUGAGCUGGCGGGAGGGGCUGUAUCAAUUGAUGGGGUGGGCAAACAGAGGCCAUUCCAGUGUGUCCAGAAGGGGCAAGAUUCAAAUGGCUGCUCUUGAAUAUAUUCAAGAUUAACCUGCGACUGCAAAUUAAAAUGCAAGGUCAGUCAAUCUCAAACCUUAAUAAAAGGAUUACAGCCUUCUUAGUAGUCUGUUCGUCCUCUCUCUCUCUCAGGUGCUGUAUCCUGUGUGCCACGUGCGAAACCUCAUGCUGUGGAGUGCCGUUUACUUGCCAUGUUCUUCCCCUUCGACCCCUGCGGAUGACACCUGUGCCCCUUACCCAGUCCCAGGUUCCAGCCCUGAAGAUCAGCCUCUGGGCAGGUGAGCUCAGAGUUCAGAUGAUGUAAUGUAAGUAGAUGUUUGACAGGUGAGGGAGUUUCCUCUAUUGCUGUCCACGUGAUUAACAAAUGGCAGUUUUCAGGAGUUGUUGAGAGAGUAUAGCAUCAUGCGAAAGAUGAUUAUCUGCAGGCGUGAUUGGCCGUUAACAGCUGAUUUCUAACCUGUAAUUAGAAACAAUUCUCAGCAUUUUUCUUUCUUUCCUCUCAAGGCUGCCAAAGACAAGGUCAUUUGACAAUCUGACAAUGGCUGGUGACAGCAGCGUACCGACAACCAACCGGCGUAGUAGCGACCCCAGCCUCAACGAGAAGUGGCAGGAGCACCGCCGGUCCCUGGAGCUGAGCAGCCUUGGGAACCCGGAGGACGACCCCUUUGACGGAGAAUGUGUGGGCAAACAAGGCAGGACUCUGGUUGGAGCAGAGCUUUCAGUGGCUGUAGCAGAGGGGCAGAUGGAGAACAUUUUGCAAGAGGCUACCAAGGAGGAAGUGAGCUUGGAGGAGUGUGUGAGGGGUGUUCCAGAAAUGGCAAGUAAAGAAGGGGGAGAGGACACCGCUCUUGAUAAGGAAAGCAGGACUGAGAACCUGGACAGCUCUACUGAUAACAUGGGUGGGAAGACCGAACUGGAUACAGCAACUUUAUUAGACAAUCCAGUUUCCAGCCCACAGAUGGAUUUACAGGGUGCUUUUGAGCUUCAGGGGCAAGAUGAGCUCCAUUACGAUGUCCAGAAACCAUCUCAGGUGAAGGAACUACGGCCUGGCUUUUUGGGCAAUGCUGUAAAUAGUAACAUUCAAAGAGCAGAGGAGGACAGUGUUAGUAGGCUACCUGUAGAGGUCAAAAUCCCUCAGGGCACUCCCCAGCCCAGCCUACCAUUUCCUGUCCUGCAUGAGAUGGGAACAUCAAACAUGGAGAGCUCUACGGAAACUUUAACAGAGAAUGGGGCAAAGACGGAGCUGAUCCAGAAUGUCUCUUGCCAUUGGCUCCAUCCCAUGGACAACAGUGCUGGCGAACUUUCCCGCACUGUCGAAAGUCGGCCUGAGAACGAGGACUCAGUAGAGCUACACAAACUGGCAGCGAACCUAAACAGGACUACUAAGAGCAGCAGCUUACAUGACCCAAUGCCUUCACCUUGUGCCUUGCCUUUAGCUGACUAUAAAGAGAUUGUGUGCAAUGGAGAGCUGGAGCCUGAGAACAAGGUGGCAGAGAGCCCAGCAGGGUUCAGUGUUACCCAGAAAUACCCUGCACCAAACGGACACUGUGUGAACGGGGAGGAAGGCAGGGUAAAGGCUUCCCUCAGCCGACAGGUCUCUGCAGCUAGCUGUAGUUCUGCCCCGCUGCAUCUGAGGAAUUUGCACCACAAGUGGGUUCAUGCUAUUCCAGGCCGGCAGCAGACAGCAAACAGCCCGGACCAGCCUGCCCGGAGUCACCUGGAUGACGAUGGGAUGCCAAUCUAUGCCGAUGUCAUUCAGCAGCGCCUCCGCCAGAUUGAAACUGGGCACCAGCAGGAAGUGGAGACUUUAAAAAAGCAGGUGCAGGAGCUGAGGAGCCGUCUAGAGAGCCAGUACCUGAACAGCUCACUACGUUUCAACGGGGAUUAUGGGGAUGAAGUGGUAAGUUAAGCGACCUUUGCCAUGAUUGUGCCCGUGGUCCUGUGCAAGGAAAAUGGAUCCUUGGAAGUGACUGCACAAAAAAAAGGCUACCUGGAUACAUAUGCCCUCUUCCCCACAGAUAUAUAUGGCACAUUGAUAGCCAGAGGCUGGGGGUGUAGGGAACCAGCCUUUCCUGAUUCACAAAUUCUUUCUCACUUAGUCCCCCUGGAGGUGAUUCUGAUUCAUUACAGGCAGCUGGAUGAAUGGCUAAUUUGCUAAGCUGCUCAUGCUUUGGAAAGUGUGUGUGUGUGUGUGUGUGUGUGUGUGUGUGUGUGUGUUUUAGUGCCAGUAAAAAUGGCAAAGCCAUACAUGCUUUAUUUGGUUGAGGAGGGACACUGCCUUGUAUAAACAUUGUAUAAAGACUUGUUGAUGUUGUAUCAGGACUUCUUUAUAGUUAUUAGCAGAAGACGCCAAAGCACUGCUGCAGCAGAGACUAAUUUAUUCCAUGUCCUGUCCAAGUUCAUUGAAAUGCCUAUGCACCAUUUAGGCCUGUUGAAAGGUCUUGACAGUCCAGUCCACUAGUUUCUGCAUUUUCUUUUGAGUGGCCAAGAGUCCUCCCUCAAAAGAGGCACCCCUGUUGCAUCAUUUUUUAACCUGUUGGUGGUUUUAAGGGGAAGUUCUUUGUGUCAUGUGUUUAUGAGUGCAGGUGUUUAUGGAUGCUUGGGGCUGCUCCAGAAUUUUAAAAAAUGCAUGCAUAACAUAAAGCAUGAAAACAGGGUCGAUCAUGAUGUGGCAUGCAGUGGGAUGGAUCACCAGCUGGCAGUCCUUGAGCCAAAUCCCUGCUUGUGUUCUGCUCACCAACGUGAGAUCUGUCAUUGUGAGGUCUAUUCAAAGGGGAAUGAGCAACUGUGAAAAGGUGGUUAGUAGCCAGCCAGCCACAUGUGUCCCGUUCUUUCAUGUGCAGCCUGGAUGAGAGAGAGCAAAAUUGCCAGUAAGUAACCUAGUGAGUCGACAGGAAGCGGGUGGCGCUGUGCGUUAAACUAUGGAGCCUAGGGCUUGCUGAUCAGAAGGUCGGCGGUUCGAAUCCCCACGACGGGGUGAGCUCCCGUUGAUAGGUCCCUGCUCCUGCCCACCUAGCAGUUCGAAAGCACCCAGUGCAAGUAGAUAAAUAGGUACCAGUCCGGCGGGAAGGUAAACCGCAUUUCCGUGCACCACUCUGGCUUCACUAGAAGCGCCUUAGUCAUGCUGGCCACAUGACCUGGAAUCUGUAUGCCGGCUCCCUUGUCCAGUAAAGCGAGAUGAGUGCCGCAACCCCAGAGUCGUCUGACUGGACCUAAUGGUCAGGAGUCCCUUUACCUUUACCUUUAACCAAAUGAAUCGGGGGGGGGGGGUGAAUAGAGAGAGUGGGUGGAUAUUUGGAAGGUAGGCUGUUGGGCUUGUGCUUGGCUCUGGAUUGGUCCUCCCAAGUGAUGUAGUCGUCUUAAAGGUUUUGGAUGCGAUGGGAAGACAUUAAGACCUCAGUUGAGACUUCAUUUCUACCCCAAUAUAUAGAACAAUCCUAAGGUAGGAUUGGGGAGCCUCAGCCCUAGGGGCCAAAUGCAGCCCUCCAGGCCCCAUCUGUUUGCCCUCUGAACUUUAUCCAGGCUACACCUGCCCUAUUUUGCACCCCCCUUGAGUGUAUUUAUCUGACUGGAAUGGAUGGAGAAUAGAAGAGUGUGAGAGUGUUUAUAAAGCUUAUCCUACUGUGCAGAAGUAAAAUUCACAUCCAUUGGCCACUUUUGCUUCUAGUCCUGCUCAUCACUGGCCCCUGGCCCCUGGAAGGAAAUGUGGUCCUUGGGCUCGAAAAGCUUCCCCUUCCGUGUCCUAAGGAGAAAGGCUUGUCCCAUAGACUUCUGCUGUGUGUUGAGUAGAACUGCACAGUAGCUGGAAAACUGGUAUUUUAAAAAUAACCAGUGUUUUGUUUGCACAGCCUUAAAACUGUCUGAAACUGACCAAGGGAUUUGGCUGACAGGAGGAUGCUGCCAUGGAGCAGCAGCAUCUGCGGUGCUGGCACAAGUGGGGUGUCUGAAGAGUUUAUUCUAGCUUCUUUCCCCCCAGCUGACAAAGCCUGAAAGAGAAACUAAGUACCCGUGAUCUCCUCUCAUUUUCUUCCCAUUUUUACCCAAAGGGGAUGUCUUCUGGCCACUGCUGCCACUCCAUCACUCCACUGUUGCCUCUCCCAAAUUGCUUGUACACCCACAGUUGCUCUAGUGAAGCCCCACUCCAUUCCCUGUGCCCCACAACCACUGCUGUAGGGCUUAAAUAGUCUUUUCUUCAUGGUUGUAUUAUAUGGUGCUCUGCAUGGCGUACAGUUUUUCAGAUGAAUUGGAAAGCAACUGAGUCUGUUCAGGGAUUCCAUUGUUUACUGUUGGAGCUUUUGCAGCACCGUAUUUAUGCCACAGAGCUCUGUCUUCUGCUCCACAUCACACACCUCUUCAAGUAUCUACCAUAUAGAGAUAACAUCAGCACCCCAGUCAUUGCCAAAAUAUAUGAGCCAUGAAAGUAUAUUGCUAUCAGAUAUGCUCAUGGCAACAUUUGAAUUUUAGCAGUGAGUUUGGGUUUUCUGUUUUGCAGCCACCUCUCCACCCUAUCCCAUAAUCUGAUCUCUGAGCAGGAGGUUCAGAAGGAUUCCCUCUUCUCAGCUGCCUAAUCCAUGUUCUGAGGGGUUGGUAGUAGGUUCUGUUCAGCUGUGUUUGUUUGCCAACAGACUUCAAUUCCUGACUCGGAAAGCAAUCUGGAUCAGAACUGUUUGUCUCGCUGCAGUACAGAGAUUUUCUCUGAAGCCAGCUGGGAGCAGGUGGAUAAACAGGACACAGAGGUACAGGCAAAAUCCAUCUCCGUGGCCUUCCUCUCCCUUUUCCUUAUAUCGGCACCUGCUACUAAUCACCUGGCUCUACUCUGUAUCCCUUUGGUUCUGACAUUGGUCUCAUGAAACCUCUUCCCUCUUGUCCCUGUUGUCUCUAAUACUUAAAAAUCUGUACCUGUGCCAAAGAAGCCCCAUAGCUGUCAGUUUUCUGCCUUUGGACCUGCACUGGGAAAUGAUGAAAGCAUUUUCCUUGUCUAACACAUGGUGUGUCAGUGUGCUUGGCUUAUUUAGCUAAGUAAGUGUGAGAGAAAGUUGGGGGCCUUAGCACUGGUUGUGAAAACUUGGUAUUUGAGAUGCUCAGUUAGAAGAUUCUUCUGUUAUUUGGCCAAAGAUGAAGAAACAAUUCCUUCCUUCCUUCCUUCCUUCCUUCCUUCCUUCCUUCCUGCCUUCCUGCCUUCCUGCCUUCCUUCUUACUUUCUAAACCGUGUUGCUUGUAUUUAAAGUUCUCUCUCUCUUUACAUCUCUGUUCCCAGGUGACACGAUGGCUUCCCGAUCACCUGGCUGCACACUGUUACGGCUGCGACAGUGCAUUCUGGCUUGUCAGCAGGAAGCACCACUGCAGGUAAUGCAUGUAGGAUGGAUAGUGUGGGGUGCAGGUAUGCUAUUCUGCUGCCAUUUCCUGGAGGGGCUUCUCUUUCUUUUAGCCUCUGGGCACUUUGCCUUUUAUUUUUCCUUGAUAAGAUCACUCUCCCAUGUCAGACCAUAGAGUCACACACAGCAGUGUUAUAGCAAGGGUAGACACCCACUGCAUAGCAUUCUUCUUGCUGAGUCCACCAUGGCCUGCGUCAGAAGGGCUUAGCUUUUGACAAGCUGUAAGAGUGUUAUAAAAUUUGUCACACAGCCCACAUCCACACCUUACAGUUAAAGUACUAGUAUACCACUUUAAAGACUCCUGGCUUCUCCCAAAUAAUCAUAGGAACUGUAAUUUCUUAAGGGGGCAGAGAGUUGUUAGGAGGUCAGAUUUCCCGGUGGCUUUGCACUGGGGCUUAAGUAUGAAUCCUAAACUUCCCACCAAUACACAGUUCAUAGAAUCCUGUGGAAACUUGGUCCCCAGAUGGUGAUUUGAGAAGAGGGACAGAACCCUUUUGCUUUACACCUGCAGUCUUGUAUCCUGCCCUUCCUCCCAAAAAUGCCCAAAGUUGCAAACAUCAAAACAUUAAAGCAAUGCAAUUUAAAAUAAAUUUUUAAAAAACACAUAUAAAAUAAUUAAAUGCAAAACAUUUAAAAGCUGUCACUAAAGCCCAAUUUCAAGAUUGCCAUGGCCAGCAUCUUUUAUCCAUCAAAUGCCUUGGGUAACCAGGAGGCGCAUCUCGCCCAAGAGGGCAAUUCUGCAACUGGGGAACCACCACUGAGAAGGCCCUGUCAUGGGUCAGCACCUGCCAGGUGGCAGUCGGGUAUAGCUCUGCCAACAAGGCCUCCCUUACCAAUGAAGCACCCCAGCCUUUUUUAGUGGGUUUGCUUGUCUCAAACUUUCUCACUAACUUUUGUUUCCAGUCAAGCAGCAGCACCAAUAGGCUCCAUGCCCCCCCACGAUCUUUUAGAAAAAUAUUCCUGGGCUUACUCUGCCAGUUUAGCACCUGGCCUGUGCUCAGCCUUUUACACUGCAUUUUCUGCUUUGAGCAAAUGUUUAAAUCACCUCAUAGACAGAGGUCCUCUGCUUUGUGCUGAAGUCUGUUAGAACAGGAGCUUUGGACAAUGUUGGAAAUGUCCCAUUCAAUUUCUUCAUCUUCUAGCUGUGUCAAGACUUCUUAGCUGAGAAGGCUUCCAAAGAACAAGUAGGAGCCGAUUUUGAGAUUUGAUCCAUCUUGAGACAGUGUGUGCCAUGUCCAUUUCCUCAAUAGUUAAAUUGUGUUUCCCAGUCUGAUUUCUGUGGCACUCUUUAUUUUAUAUUAAAAUCAGAGGCAUGUGCCUCACAUCUCCCCACCACCACCAAGAAAACCCCCCAACCACCAUCACCACCACCAACAAAAUACCCAAACCAGUUUAUUUUCUGCAAUAAGAAAUGAUGUUUCUCAGUGGAGGUCAUGGACUGUGUUUCUGCACGUGUCACUGUUCUUGCCAUGCCUACUGAUUGGAGGAAGGUGGGUCCGAAGAAAGAUACCAUGCAGAGAUGCAGCAGGGACAGCCUCUUCCAUUGCUGGGCUAUUGUUGGGCUCGCAGGGGCCAUUUAACUUCAUUUCUCACAGCACACUAACAUUUUUUGUUUAAAACAUAGCUGUAUAUUACCUUCUUUCAGACUAGCAGGAAAAGACAGUGGUCUCACCUUGCCAUUUCUGGGGGAAAAACCACAAAUCCUCUGAUUUAGUCUCCCCUCUGAGCUUUUUCUCCCCUCCUUGCAGGGACCCUGACCGUGUUGAUCAGACUUGGUGAGCAUUUGGAACAGCCUCUGUUGUCUGCUUGCAUUUCUCUGAUAACCUCUUCAAACUAACCUUUGACUCCCUCCCCUGCACUCCUCUUGCCCAUAAAUCGUUACACCAAAGACGAAUGGUAGCAGCCCAGUUGGAUAUCGAAGUCUGUGGGCCUCUUUUCACAUUAUACUAAUAAGCCUUUUUGUUUCAUACUGCAUACUGCAACUUUGGCUAACAUGCAAGUGGCUUAUCUGCAAUGAGUAUUUCAAUUAUAAGAGCAGGCAAUUUCUGUGUAUUGAGUGGUAGCAUCCGGUUUGGUGGAGUGGAGACCCCCUGUAUCGCUGCAGCUUACCUGCUAGAGCUGCAGCAAAGGCAAUGUGUCCACCCUGCCCUGGCCCCAUCCAGGUAAGCUGCAGUGACACCAGUGUCAGGAGGACAGCUCUAAUCCUCCACACCUGCCACCACUGGUAUAUAGAAACCAACACAUUAUUUUGGCCUUUUUCCGUUGAAUUUGGUAUUACAGAGAGCUGGCAGCUGUUGGGGAGUUCUUGAGCAGUACACGGAGAGAACCUUACCAAUCACUUCUGAAAUAGCACAAGAGUGAAAAAAGCCUUAAUCGUGGGCUAAUGGGCACUGAGUGAGGGGCAAGGCAGCGUGAGCAUUAGGGUCUCCUCUGCUAGCCAGGUGGAGUAGAGUCCCUGAGAAAGAACAUGACUUUGACACUGAGGGCCAAGAGUCUGGCAAAAAUCCUGAAAUGCAUAUAAGAACCUGCUUAGGGACUAAGUGAUCCCUUUGCGUGAGAUUUGAACAGAUAUACCCAGGCAGAAAAUUCCACAGAUAGUCUCUCUUUUACACAAUGUCCAGGAAUUUCUCUUGAAAGGAAAUAUUUAGUCUUCUUUUGGGAGCUAGGUCGGGCUGUGAACCCUCACCCUUUCAGAAUCUUCACUGUGAGGGCAUUCGAAUGGCUUUUUCAUAGAGUGGUCUGUCUUCACUGCCUUGUUGUUUUCACUCCUGCUGUUCUCUCUGAUAGCAGGGUCUAUUGGAGUCCAUAAGAAGACUUCCAAAUCACCAGCCCAAGUCUAGCCCUGAGUGAGUGAUAUCUAGAGGUUGCUUUGCCAUGCUAGAAAUAUGAAAGUUUGUGAGAUGAAAAAUGGGGGUUUCCCUUUGCUUGUUACAUCGACAGUUAACAUAAAGAAAAACCACACCUGGCACGAACUCUUUAUAUAAAGCCAGUUGCCUCCCAUCUCCCACUAUUAAGCUACUGGAGAAGAGCAAAUUAAACCUGCUAUGUUUGUUUAUGCCAACCUCAAGGCACCUGUAGUGAGGUGCAAAACAAUUCUUACCUAAUGCUUGCCUAUAUCUGCAAGUCAAAGAUUAUGAACCAGGGACCUUGUCCGCUUAUGCUGCUCAGAGCUGCAUUUGGGGGAAAGCAGGUUUGAGAGCAGAAGUGGGGGGUUGUGGGGUUCUAGUUGCACGCAGGACCCCAUCCCUGCCCCAAGAUGCAUGUGCUGUUAUGGCCCUGCUGUGACUGACAACUGACAGAUGUGUCAGCUGCUGCAUCCCUCAUUCACUCAGUAUGUGGGCUGCAUCUUUUCUGGCUGCUCACUGCGUGGCUUUGCAUGGUCCCCAUGGACUCACAUUUUCUUUGUGCUGAAAGACAGUGUCGCUGUAGUUCCCUUGAGCUGCAGCCGGCUCACUUCUGGCUUAUGUAGGCUUUUUUCUUUUUUGGGGAGGAGUUAACUGGCUUGCCAGUCUCCAAGGCUCGAUUCUAGUUAACUUCUUUUUGGGAAGCAACAGCCAGGAGCAGACGGAGACAUAGCUGAAGUGUUCCAUUGCACUGAAGAUAGGCACAAAAGAAAUUUGUGGCUCGGUUACAGGCUCUUUUCAUCCCUCCAGAUCACCAUUUCUGGGCUGGCAUCAUAGCAGACAUCACCAUCCCGUGGCACUCUGACCCACUGCAGUUUGCAGGGGGGAAAGAACUUAACCCUCUUCCACCCAAGCUGCUCUUUGGCAACUAGCCCAAAGGCUGUCCCCCCCCAACCUUUUUCUGCAAGCACCAACUUAAGACAUGUACUGUUGUGGAAACUGCAUUCCUAAGUUGUAAAUUUACUGUAAUUUCUUCUCUUUCUGACUGAAGGAAUUGUGGGAAUGUCUUUUGCUCCAGCUGCUGUAACCAGAAGGUGCCGGUCCCCAGCCAGCAGCUCUUCGAACCCAGCCGGGUCUGCAAAUCCUGCUACAGCAGCUUACAUCCCAGUAGCCCCAGCCUUGACCUCGAACUGGACAAACCUAUUGCUGCCACCUCAAACUGA